UUUUGGAUGGGUUCCUGGCAGCGGUUGCGCCCGUCCUGAGUUUCUUCCGCAGGCCUGAAGCUCAGCCUUGGCUUUUCCCAGUCUCAUGUAUCCCCUUUGCAGUAGGAGGAGGAGGUGGAGGAGGCGUAGCCGCGUCGGUGGCGAGGGCUUGGGAGUCUCCGAGACAGUUCGGUUCCCUUCUUCCGUCCCACUCCAUUAGACCUCUUGCAUUCCUUUCCCACCCUUGGUGAAGGGGGUUGUGGUAAUAAUCCCUUCCCUCAGUGGGAAGCGGUGCCCAAAGCCUCCGGCGUCGUGGACUGCGUGAGUGAUCUUGAAGAACACUUCUGUACAUAGCUUAUUGACUGAGCACAAUGAGCAGUGAAGAAGAAGCGUGGGAGAAAUUGGAUUCAGAAUUUGACCAUUAUGUUGUGGAUAUGAAGUCUUAUGUUUUAAAACUACCUCAUAAAUCAGAACGUUACAGAUGUGCUGUUUGGAUUAAAAAACUUUGUGAGCCUUCAGGUGCUGGCACAGGAAUUGUUGGUAGGAAGAAUAGAAACUUAUAUGCAAAACUGCUUCUUCAUAUGCUAAAGAGAGGAGUGCUAGAGGGACCAUUUACACAAAAACCUGAAUCAGGCAUUUUGAAAACACUUCCAUCAUACAUGUCAAUAUAUUUUGAUGAACCAAGUUCAAAAAGAGCUUGGAGUAACAUCCCAGAAGAUUUACGUGACUGGGUCAUGGAAGAAUUGGGCCAGAGUGACCAUAAACCAGAUGAAUCCUGGAAACUUUCUUUUAAAGAAGAAUCUGCUUUGAUUAGUACACCAUUUAAACAGAGAGAACAAUAUACCUGUAAUGGAAAACUAGCCUUAAGGUCACAUUCUACGAGUCCUCCUCAUUUGUCAGAAGAUGAGACGUAUUCAUCAAAUACAAGGGGAGAUUGUUAUAGAAGAAAAACUUCUUUUGAUGACAGUGACUUUGAAGCUCGUCUCAACAGUUGGAAUCUUGGGCUCGAAAAUCCUAGAUAUUUACGUGAGAAACCUAUGCCCCUCUCAUUGAUGUCACCCAAGUUAGGUUUGGGGAAAAACAGCACUUCUCGAGAUGAACAAGCACUGUUCCGAAUGCAUGAAAAGGAGCUGGAGAUGAAAUCAAAAUUGAUGGAAGCUAGACUUCAUGAAGAAAAACUUAAAUUACAGCAGAAGCAUGAUGCGGAUGUUCAAAAGAUUUUGGAUAGAAAAAACAAUGAAAUUGAGGUACUGAAGAGCUUGUAUAGAACAAAACAGAAUGAAGCUGAAGAGACUAUUCAGAAGCUUGAAAAAAAAGUUCAGACACUUGUUCGUGAGUCACAAGUCAUUAGAGAAGCUCAAGAGAAACAAAUUCUGGAGUUAAGAAAGUUAUGUGAGCACAGUACAGAUUCCUUAAACAAUGAAUGGGAGAAAAAGCUUCAUAAUGCGGUAGCUGAGAUGGAAAAAGACAAGUUUAAUCUUCAGAAAAAACACACAGAAAAUAUCCAAGAAUUGCUGGAGGAUACAAAUGCACGUUUAAGUAAAAUGGAAUCAGAAUAUUUGGCAGAGACCAAAACAACUAACCAGAUGGUCAAAGAGCUGGAGGCCCGAGUUCAUCAGUUGACAGUGGAAGCUGAAACAAGUCAUUUGCAGCAUCAGAAAUUAUCUCAAGAGAAAAAUAAUCUGGAACAGUCUUACCAAUCUGCAUCUUUAGAACUUGAAGAAAUUAAGGCAAGGCAUAAUUCACUUCAGAAAGAAAGAGGGCGUAUGAUGGAAGAACAUAAACAGAACAUUAAACAGUUACAAAGCAAGUAUGCAGUGGAUCUAAAUUUGAUGAAGAAGGAACAUGCUCUUUCUGCAAUGAAGACAUCAGAUGUGACAGAGGACUUAAAGGAGUGUGUGUCUGAAUUAAAACAACAGUUACUAGAAUCGGACCAUCAAAGGCAGCAACAACUGCAGGAACAAGAGCAAAUGUUUCUACAAGAAAAAGCUGAUUUAGAGAGAAUUCAUGACAAAAAGAUUUAUGGAAUUCAGAGUGAUUUCGAUAAAGAGAGAAUAGACUCACAUAAGAAGAUACGGAAGCUGGAAGAACUCCUGAGGGAGAGGGAGGAGCAUCUGACUCAGGUGAUGGAGGCACAGAGACUACAAGCCCAGCAGGCUGAUGCUGCCUUGGAGGAGUUUAAGCGACAGGUGGAGCUGAACUCAGAAAAAGUGUAUGCAGAAAUGAAAGAGCAGAUGGAAAAGGUAGAAGCAGAUCUUAGCAAAUCAAAAUCUUUCCGUGAGAAGCAGUCAAAAGAGUUCUCCUGGCAGUUGGAGGAGCUGAAGCAAAAAUAUGAACAACAGAUAGUAGAGCUGAAGCUGGAGCAUGAACAGGAAAAGACGCACCUAUUCCAAGAACAUAACACAGAAAAGGAUUGCCUGGUCCGAGACCAUGAACGGAAAAUUGAGAAACUAGAAAAAGAGCUUCGGGCUGCCAUGACAGACUACGACAAUAAAACCCAGGAAUAUAGAAAACGAGAUGCUCAGAUCAUCUGUGACAUGGAAGCCCAGAUCCAUACCCUGAGGGAAGAACUGAUUCAGGUGAAUACUCAAAGAAAACAGCAAUUGGUAGAACUUAGUCUUCUUCGGGAAGAAGAAAAGCAAAGAGCGGCUCGAGAUCAUGAGACUGCCAUGAACAAAAAGAAAGCUGAGUCAGAAAAAAUAAUUCUAGACCUGAAAAAGACUAAUGCUGUAGAAAAGGAGAUGGCGCUGGAAAAGGCCAAUGGCAAGUUGAAGCAGAUUGAAAAGGAAUACAGUCAGAAGCUCGCCAAAUCUUCACAGAUCAUAGCUGAACUUAAGACAACCAUUUCCUCUCUGACAGAGGAAAGCAACCAGCGGCAACUUGCUGGAGAAAGGCGUCUGCAAGAUGUUUUACAAAAGUUUGAAGAUGAGAAGCAGCAGCUGAUUAGAGAUAAUGACACAGCAAUCAAGGGUUUACAAGAGGAGAUUGAAAGUUACCACAAUCAGAUGCACUCUGCAGAAGAAAAGCUGCAACAGAAAGAUCUGGAGGCACAGGAACAGGUGACUUCUAUACGGCAAGAAUAUGAAACCAAACUGAAAGGUCUAAUGCCAGCAUCUUUGCGACAAGAACUUGAAGACACAAUUCUCUCACUAAAAUCUCAGGUAAAUUUUUUACGAAAAAGAGCAUCGAUUCUACAAGAGGAACUGAGCACAUAUCAUACCAGAAGGUAA